AUGCGGUUCGUUACGCUAGUCGCGCUACUCGGCGUUGUACUCUCGAGCACCGCAUUCCUACCCUGUGACGCCUUCCUGUGGUUCUUCGGCCGCAACAAAGGUAGUGGUAAGGUUAGCAUGUUUUUCCACGCCAUUCCAUACAUCUUCCGUAAGUCGGGGUGCGUGCCAUGGGUCAACAAGGCCACCAACGACGACAUCUUGUCAAACAAGUACAUUUACAUCGACUUGUUCAGCCGCAAGCACCACGACGCCAUAGAAGCCACUCCCCAAGAUGAUGACACCGUCAACAAGCGUACCAACAUCCUCCUUUACCAGGUCAAUACGGACCUGCUUCCCCACACCUACAACAAUCCCACCCUCGGCGACGUCAUGUACUACAGCCAGCUGCUCCAGGAGUACGGUGAAUACGACAGGCGUACGAUCCUGACUUACAAGGAUGACCUCAAGCGUCUGUGUGUUUUGAUCGAGUCGUUCGACGGCUUUGGCGAACGUGUUUCCAUGCGCCUGUACCGCGCCAGAAGGAAGGUGUGGUGGUUGAAGCAGGUGGCUAGCGAGGGUAACGUCCUCUCGGACACCUGGGCCACCGUCAUGAGCAGCCUCGGCUGGACCACCCCCAAGCCAGUCGUCAAGCAGACCCUCAACAUCAAGGAAUCCAACUGUCCUAUUGGUAUGGUCAACCACAAGGCGUCGACGUACGAUCUCAUUUACAACCGCAGCCCUUCUGCUGGAACCGAGAGCAUUGGUGACGUUAUUUUCCGUACGAUGCCGAUGACCCUCAUGCCUGGAAGCACCGACCUCUACGUCUGGCGUUUCUUCGAAUCGGGGAAACACGAAAAUAUCAAGUAUGUGGUCAUUGCCGAAGUUUUCCCUACCCACUCCACGCACACGUACUACAAAUGUUUGUCCGUCGCCGAGUCGCAGUAUGAGGUGGUUGACUCCUUUGCCGCGGUGACGGACUCCCCCGAGAAGUUGGAGACCGCGCUUCCAUUGCCUAACUACACCAAGGAACUCGUAGAGCUGUCGUACAACUUCGGCAACACCCGUGACCAUCCAUUUGAGUCGGAGCUUGUUGUGCUUGCCUACCCCGAGACGAAGCACUACUUGAUCCGUCCCCUGUCGAGGGAAAACCUGAAGGUCAUCAUGAAGUUGGCGGUGCACGGUAGCCACAACGGCUUCGACCUGGGAAUCGCCGAAGCAGACGGGUACACAUACUUGGCGUUCACUGAGAUCGACAAGAAGUUCCAGCGCAGGAUCAGUUUGGCCUCGGUCAACGGCACAAAGUUUGGCCUGAUUUCUGCGCGCGUCUCUUUGGAAAAGUCAGUGCCUCCGGACAUGCCACUCUGUGAUCAGCAUACGUUCUCCUUGCUGAGACACGCUCUCCCGGUGCAGUAUUUGAGCUUGCCACAUAACGAAAGGAUCAGCAUGGCCAAGUUCGUCGACUUGGACAUCAUGGACUACAACGAGGCUGAUGUGCUCGCCGGGCAGGUCGGCCACGGGAUGAUCCUCUACACCCCGAGUUUGGGCGCCUGCUUGGGGUUCAAAAACCUCGUGAUCGGCAAGGAACAGUCGAUGACGUUGAAGGCAUCGAUGAACACGCAGGUGCUGGUGGCUGAAAAUGGAAAGAAGACUGUGAUUGCUCUGGUGCAGGAUGGUGUGAAGGAGAUGCAACUGUACGAGACUAACGGAAACAGUGCAACGCUGGUGGAUGCGAACAAAAAGUUUAAGUUGCUGAAGGAGUACAAUUUGGCCGAAUUCGAUCGCAUUACGAAGGAUGGUGUCACUCCGGUGCAGAGCAUGAUUACUCUGAACCUGAACGACCCAAUGGUAAAUGGUGAUGUCGAGCUGUUCAUGGUGUCCAAUAACGUCGUUGUGUACACUCCACAAAAUGCGGAAAGUCGCAUUUUGGUCUUCGUUUGGGGACGCGAGCAGCUCAUGUUUGAGGAGACGAGCAACCCAAUUUUCACAGUCAUUACCGGCAGCGCGCAGAAGUACUUGUUGGUCGACGACUUCGUUGCCCAGGGCAACCGCAUUGACAGAUACCUGUACGCCAUGGAGGAAAACAUUUUGUACAACAAGUUGAGGCUACUCAGCAAGGUGCAGUGCUCAACUGCUUCCAGCGUGAACGAUCUCCGCAAUGCCCUGCAGAACACGUGGUAUAGUAUAAUCCCUGAGAAGCUUCCGGUGCUUGCCGACUUCCACGACGGCCGUAUUGGAAAUGCCGCCUUCACUUACCACAACAUGUCGACGUUGUUCUUGAACCACGACCACGAGUUCAGCGUGGGUGUCUUGAAGAUCGGCCAGACUUCGGCGGAGACUGAAGCCGGACACCGGUGGCGCCAGGUCUUCCGUAACGCGGAGGGCGAAGGCAACGUGUACAACAUUUACACCAUGGUCCCCAAGGGUAUCAAGCACGACAGGAUUAACACUAACAACAAGAUGACUACUGACGCCAUUGUAACCUUCCGUCGUCGCCUCUACCCGGCACUGAACAAGGAUGCCGUCCCACUGAUGUUGGAAAACCUCAAUUUCAGUGACGUGAAAUCGGUUACGUCUAAGAUUGGCAACAUCAAGGUCACGGUUGUGAAGCCCAGUGAUACCUCUAAGGUGUUCAAUCCGCUGGUAUUCGGCCACCACGAGAUUCAGUUCGUGUCGGCCUACAAGUGUGUCAAGGUCACCAUUUCCCAGCAGCCGGAUGGCUUGCGUGAAAUCAGCGCCGACCUGAGCCACUCAGACGGAGGCUCUUCUAUGAUUAACUUCCGUGAGAAGAACCCCGGUUCCGGUUUCUUCCGUUUCGUCAGGGAUGACGAGGAAUCCAACGCGGCAGAAGGCCGCUUCGUGGAUGUUAACGAAAUGUUCGCUGACUACGCGCGUCAUUUCGACAAUUUGGAUGUUGUGGACUUCAACAACGGCAUUUUCCCGCACUACGUGCGGUACCUGACCCUGUCUGAAAACAAGGUGUACUUCACGGGCAACGUCAUGCAUACCGGUCUGCGCGUGGUGUUCGGAACGCACACCGUGAUUGUGGACCAGUCUUCCGGCCGCUUCCACCUCUGGGUUACCUACCCAGGCCAGAAGUCGGAGACAGCGACGCUGCACGUACACUACACCGCCGAGGAGAAGCCCGUCUCGGCGUUCUACACCGUGGAGAACUCCAACGACGCGAAGAUGCUCAGGCGCCCCCGCGAAUACAACUGCAACUGGGGACCACUGAGCAACCUGGAGUUCGUAACCGUGAACCACAUUCUGACCCGCCACACUCAGCUUCGCAGCGAGCUGGCGACGGUGAACCUGGAUUUGGCUGUCGGCGCUAAGUCGCCAGUGAUUAUCAAGAUGACCCGCGACCCGAGCACCACCGUCUACACCACGCUUGCCUCCUCGGGAUGCGUCAUUGACCACAUCAUGUACAAGGGCGCAAUCAUCCGCGGAGUGCCGAAGCAGAUUGUGAAGCAUGUGUACCACUCCGUGGGACCGAAAGACGAAAUAGUACUGAUUGUUGUGCGCACCAUCGCGGGAGUGAUGGCGCAGGCGUACAAAUUCACCGGUAGGGGAUCCUUCGAAACGGUGGACAUGUCGAGGGUGGACGCUACGGACCACUCCAGCAUUCACUUCGUGAUGAACAACCUGUCGUAG